GGCAUGGAGGUCAUCAAGGGCCUCGGCGAUGCGCUAGCCGCCUAUGCGUCCGACGUCGACGGUCAAGAUCUGUCUGGAUACUAUGUCUAUCCGAGCUAUGUGCUUGCGGACGUGCGAAUGGAGGAUAUAUAUGGGGAGAAUAUGAAGAAGAUGAGGGAGGUGCGCGAGCGCGUCGAUCCCAACGGACUGAUGGCGCUCGCUGGCGGCUUCAAGGUUUGA